AUGAAGCGAGGCCUCAUUCUUGGCCGUGGCAAGUCUCCUUACAGGUACGAAAUGUUUCAGUGAUUCUCAAACCUUGGGCAUGUACAAAAUUUGGAGGAGGGCUUGGAGUCUACGAGAGAGGCCUCCAACUUGUCUGUUCAGAAGCUAGGUCCAACCAGAAGUAGUUCCAAUCAGAAACUAAGUUCAAAUCAGCAAAGGCUCUUUCUAAAUUUGCUUGACACUUUCCUGUUUGUAGGUUCAGCUAAUUUUAUUACUUCCCUGUUCAGCAUGGCUGGGAGAUGAGUUGCUAGCUGCCCAUUGUUUUGCUCCCAGGGUGGUGUGGUCAUGAAUUACUGGUUUCUUUGUACAGUCGUACCUUGGAAGUCAAACGGAAUCCAUUCCGGAAGUCCAUUCAACUUCCAAAACAUUCGAAAACAAAAGUGCAACUUCUGCUUGGCUGCAGGAACCUCCUGCAGCCAAUUGGAAGCUGCGGAAGCCCCGUCGGACGUCUGGCUUCCAAAAACAGUUUGCAAACCAUAACAGUCACUUCCGGGUUUGCAAUGUUUGGGAGACAAAACGUUUGGGAACGAAGCUGUUUGAUUUCCAAGGUACUACUGUACAGUGGUACCUCAGGUUAAGUACUUAAUUCGUUCCGGAGGUCUGUUCUUAACCUGAAACUGUUCUUAACCUGAAGCACCACUUUAGCUAAUGGGGCCUCCUGCUGCCGCCGUGCCACCAGAGCACGAUUUCUGUUCUCAUCCUGAAACAAAGUUCUUAACCAGAGGUACUAUUUCUGGGUUAGCGGAGUCUGUAACCUGAGGUACCACUGUAUCUGUUUCUUCCUUCUUUAAUCUCCACCACAGCAAAUUGUACUUCACACUGCAGUAUUUUGUUGCAGGUCACACUUGCCCUAUGUACUAAGAGUGCUCCGAGUUCUCCAAGUGCCAGUUGUCAUGUAGGGAAAACUACGUCAUCUUUGCACCACAGGGACCCAUCAGCAGGGGAAUGCCGAAGUUUGCAAAAAGAAAAGAAAAGAAAAGAAAAGUGUUUUUUUAAAAAACAAAAACUAAGGUGGGGUUAGGGGCGAGAACCCAAAACAGCCCAAUGAAAAUUGAGCAUGCUCAGCUAUCUCAACAUUUUGGUUGAAUGUUGAAGUUGGAAAGGAAAGGAAAGGAAAAGAGGGGCAAUGGAAUGGAGUAUCCUGAAAAAAGGCCUGGCUCAAUGGCUAGACUGUUGUGCAGGAAGACUUCACAUACCUGACUUGCUUUAUGUACGCAGUAGGAAAAAAGAAUGCCUUGUUUUAAAAAUCCAUUUCACGUGUGAUAUGUUGUGCAACAGGCUUCUCAAACUCUGGCCUGUGACCAUUUGCAAUUGCUUCUAAAAAUUAAGGGUUUCCCCAAUAUCCCCAGCAGUUUUCCAGUGGUCUAUGGAGGGGAAAGUUUGGGAACCGCUGUUGCAGAGGUUACUUUUGCCCUACUUCCAAUUCCUUCCUGUGAUUCAGCUCUGCAUUUUCUCCCUCCAUUUUCCUUCCCAGGUCCGUUCUAAACCAAGCGAUAAAUUCGUCCAUGUCUGUGGUGGCACCCUCAUUCACAAAAACUGGGUUCUCACUGCUGCCCACUGCUUCCAGAAGUAAGUUAUCUACUGUGUGUGAAUUUGUGGAGGCAGAUCAAAACAAUGUGGGUGGCUCAUGCAAAAUGGUAUGCCUUUUGGCAUCGAUAAAGCAGGUGGGGCGUACCUACUAUCAUGCAAUGCUUAGAGGACUCACCAGUCAGGAAGAACGUUAUUGACUUUCUUAAACAAGUACAGAACACCAACAGGAAACCCCUAACCCCACCCAAAGACAAUUAAGUACAGUGCCACCUGCUGGCUAAACUAUAUAAUGACAUUAUCCACACACUAACUUUUCUCUUCUCCGUCACUUUUUCUCCCCCUAUUUUCUGUCUGGCUAAGCUUCUUUCUGGUCAUUGAGCCUGUCUUGUGGGAAAGCCAUUGGAGGAGAGGAGAUGAAGGAGUGGGAAGCAGUGGGCAGGAAAAAGACUUGAACAGCUUUCCUCCUGCCUGUUGUUUAUCCCUUAAGUAUAACGUCCACCUCCACAUGUGGCAAAAGGGUUGGGAACCUGCGUUGGCCACUGUAAUCAUUCAUAUAUAAUUUUUUCUACAUGUAGAAAACAGAGUGGUUUUAUUAACUUGUCCCCCAGUGAAAAACUAUUCUUGGGAACUUCUUGUGGGAACAUUUUUUUCUGAGUCCCCAUGCGGUUUCGCUCAUUUAUGGUAGCGAUACUAGUCUGGGUGGAGAAUGAGACUUAAGUAUGAAGGCAGGUGGGGUGCGGGUGGCACUGUGGGUUAAACCACAGAGCCUAGGACUUGCUGAUCAGAAGGUCAGCAGUUUGAAUCCCCGUGAAGGGGUGAGCUCCCGUUGCUCGGUCCCUGCUCCUGCCAACCUAGCAGUUCGAAAGCACGUCAAAGUGCAAGUAGAUAAAUAGGUACUGCUCUGGCGGGAAGGUAAAUGGCGUUUCCGUGCACUGCUCUGGUUCGCCAGAAGCGGCUUAGUCAUGUGCUGGCCACAUGACCCGGAAGCUGUAUGCCUGCUCCCUCGGCCAAUAAAGCGAGAUGAGCGCCGCAACCCCAGAGUUGGCCACGACUGGACCUAAUGGUCAGGGGUCCCUUUACCUUUACUUUACUAUGAAGGCAGGUAAAAGCAGAUCGGGGCGGGGGGCAUGUGAGACAACACACCCAACCCUACGGUGCAUCAUUUUCAGGGGACAGGAAGAAGAUGUCACCAACUGGCGAAUUCUUCUCGGCAAGCAUCACCUUAACUACCCGGAAUCCACAGAAAGAAGCUACCGGGUGAAGCGAAUUUAUCGGCACGAAUGUUUUCAGUACCCUCAGCUAAAUGAGCUAGAGUAUGACAUUGCUUUGGUCAAGCCAGUGGAAGAGAUUACUGCCAACAGGUUUAUCCAUUAUGCCUGCCUGCCAAAAAGAGGCAGUUUUCUCCGUCCGGGACACUCCUGCUGGGUGACUGGCUGGGGGGGCACGAGAGGUAUUUCAGAGUGUCGUGUGCCACCAAUAAGAAUUACAUUGUUUUCAAUAAGUGUCUAUAGCUCUGCAGCCUUAAUUUGUGCAAAGUUAAAAGAAUUUGGCCCUGGAAUCCGUUUUUGGUAGCCAAGUUGAGUCUUGGAAUAUGUUAAAGAGUCUCUAAACAUGUGCAGAGUGCAUUUCCUUGACAACCAAGAAGUCCAAAUCAGCCACACAUGCUUAGGACUAAAAACCAGGCCUUCUAACACAAGUGUCGUUAUUCUGAGACAGGUUUGAGCCCUGACAUGAUACCGUAUUUUUCGCUCUAUAGGAUGCACUUUUUCCGCUCCAAAAAUUAAGGGGAAAUGUGUGUGCAUCCUAUGGAGCGAAUGCAGGCUCCUUGGCUUCAGCGAUAGCAAUGUGAAGCCUCCGAAGUGCAGAGGGAGCGCUCCUUCCGCGCUCCGGAGGCUUCAGGUUCCUUUUGCUGAAGCCGGGAGAGCAAGACUCUCUUGGCUUCAGCAGAGAGGGAGAUCUGCGCAGCGCCCCUUCAGCCAAGCGGGAGGAGAAAUGGAAGGGGCUCCGUUUCUCCUGCUGCUUCGCUGAAGGGGCGCUGAGCAGAGAGGGGGAGAUUUGUUUUUUCUUGUUCUCCCCUUCUAAAACAAGGUGCGUCCUAUGGUCCGGUGCGUCCUAUAGAGCGAAAAAUACGGCAAUUUUCUUUAGAAUUUAAGGACUUGUAGAAUAUGGAAAAUUCGAAGUAUUUACCAUUUCCAGUGUAAUGCAAAGUCACAAAAUGCUAAUCUUCAAGGUUCCAAAAAUGUUCUGGUUCUUACUCUUCUUCUGUUUUAUGCACUGAAGGUGGACAAGAUGAAAACUUCUCUCUCUCCGAGGUUUUGAAUCAGGCCAAGUUGCCAGUCAUAGAUUUCAACACAUGCCACCUCAAGAAGUUCUGGGGAAGCAAAAUCCAAACAUCAAUGCUCUGUGCUGGACUGAAAGAUACGGCAAGGUCUUCAGCUGCCUGCCAGGUACAGAAAUGGGAUAUUCAUGCAGAGCCUUUCCACACAAAUCUGGUUUUAGGUGCUAUCAGUAGACAAAUCUCCCUGUCACUGUCGGUUUGAAAAAUUUGCAACUUCAAUAGCCAAAGAUUUAAGAGCUUAUCAUGCUACUACAGUGGUACCUCGGGUUAAGAUCUUAAUUCAUUCCAGAGGUCUGUUCUUAAUAGGAAACUGUUCUUAACCUGAAGCACCACUUUAGCUAAUGGGGCCACCUGCUGCUGCUGCGCCGCUGCGCCAAGAUUUCUGUUCUCAUCCUGAAGCAAAGUUCUUAACCUGAGGUAAUAUUUCUGGGUUAGCAGAGUCUGUAACCUGAAGCGCCUGUAACCUGAAGCGUAUGUAACCUGAGCAACCACUGUACUGUUAAUUGUGUCCAGAUUUUCACUUUGGGAAGUAUGGCAACUCUAUUAUGUCACUACUUAGAAUACGACUGUUUCAAGAUCAAGCCAGGUAUGUAUGACAAAGGAGAUCUGUGAAUAGGAUCUCCAAUAGUUUCUUAGAGGGUGAAUACUAGGGGCUGGGGAGUGUUUCAGAACUAUGGCACUGGGACACUGUGGCCUAACUCUCCUCCUGUACCUCCUAUUGCUAUUUGUUGCGUUGGUCAAUACAUACAGGUAUCAAAUUGAUACCUUCAUGUUUUGCCAUGUGGGGCAAAGACAUUUGGGGUGGAUGCUUUUAACUGGGAGGGUAGCACAGAGGAAGAGUUAACCUCAUGCAGCCAGUACUGUGAUCUUGAGAUGCUAAUAACAUUGCUAAUAACCUCGAAAAACUGUGGAAGAUUUUACUCCUGAAUAUUUAGCAUCCCAUCUAGAUCGACACUCAAGUCUACCACUGAACCCUCACUGGCAUAUGAACAUGUUUCAACUCUUGGACGAUAUUUUAUUUUCAGGGAGACUCGGGUGGCCCACUGCUUUGCCAAACUGGGAGAGAGACAUGGGAAGUCCAUGGGGUCGUGAGCUUCGGGCCAGUUGGGUGCCAGGUGCAGAACAAGCCUACUGUCUUUACUAGGACAUCUGCGUAUAUUCCUUGGAUUGAAGCAAUCAGAAUGCGGGAUUUUUUUUUGUAAAGGACAGGAAAGAGAAGGGAAGUCCAGGGAUAUCAAUAAAAUCCUUUGCAAAUUUAGGAAUGUGUGCUUAUUUUAAUACUGGAAUUCUGGAAAUGAGAUUUGGGAAAUGAGAUUUGAGUUCAUGGCUGAGCUGAAAUUGGAAUCUAGGGCCAACCCUGCAAUCCUACUCACAAACGAGUCUACCAACUAGAACAGCUGACUUUCCAAAGACGCCUUUUUCCAUUUUGGUUUGUGGUGGGAUGCCUCCCAGCAAGUUCUUCCGCAGACCGUUGUGCAACUUACCGUUACAUCUGAAAUGUAUGGAAAAUAAAGUCAGAAAAAUAUUUGGGGUGCUUUAUCCUGAUUGGUUUGCAGGCUGGUAAGAUGGAAGUUGGCUAUUUAAAGAGCAUUCAUUUUUAUUUGUGUGUGUGUGUGUGUGUGUGUGUGUGAGUGAAAUUAGGUGAUGUCGCGCCAAACAAGUGCUAUCACAUACUUUCCAGUCCAUUUCUCCAUCCAGUCUUUUGAGGAAGCGUGUUUCUUGUGUUAGACCUCCCCAUCAGCUAUAAUCGUGCAACCUGAAUUUGCCAGAGACGGUCUGGAGGUGUCUGUUGAUUUCUGUGCUUAAUAGAGGGAGGAAAGCCUCUUUCUCAGCAGCCACCAUGGAAACACAGAACAGAGGCAGAACAGUAUCCUCCUCAAACAGGAGGCUUUAAAAAAAAUAGGUCAACGAAAGGCAGGAAGCUUGUGUUUGCAUACGGGCUCCAGAAAAUGGGGUUUCCCAUCUUCCUUGACCGGCAGGAAAAAUGCAAGCAACUAGGCCUUAUCGCAAGCUAGUAAAAAUUACCUUCAGGGUAUAUAUAGAGAGAAAAAGAAAAAAAGAAAGUGAGGUUAGAGGGAGACAAAAAAACACUCAACACACAACCCUGCAUCUGAAAUAAGGACAGCAACCAUUCACAUAGCAGCAUUGACAUGUCACUCAAGGCAUGAUGAACAGCAACAACGGGGGAAAAGAUAGACGUAACAUUUUACAAGGACAGGAACACUAUGGACAGAGUAAUUGCCACACACAGGAAGAGCAAGGAUAUAGUUUGACUGCCUCACUUGUAGUUCUAUAAAUCAUUUAAUGUGUCAACACGAACAGACGUUAUUAAUAUUGCAGUUGUUGUAUAAGGGAUUAUUAUUUUGACUGGAAUGCAAUUUAAAUUAGUAAGAUUUUGGAACGCAGAAAUAAAAUCAUCAAACCAUCAAUUCUAGCAUGUGGGAGGCCACCUAAGUUAUAUACAGAAUUCGGUAUUUGAACAAUUGAUAUUAGUAACUGUAUUCUAAUUUGGUUCUGUUAUAAUGAGGGUAUUAUUGGAUUGAAAUUGAAAAUUAAUGAAAAUUAUUAUAAAAAAGUAGCGUUGACACAUAUAUCAUGGCAAUGGUGAGUGAAUGCAAGCUUGUUUUUCCAACACUGUACAACUGUCAUUUAAUUCAGUCUACAAGCUAUUAGGAAAUGCUUGUUCGUUUGCUUUUAUUUUGCCAAAUUUGUAUACCGCCCUUCUUCCAAAGGCCACAGGGGGGUUUACAACGCAAAACGCAUAAUAUAAUAACAAAUAAUAACAACCCCUACACGACACAUUUUCAUAGCUGUCAACGUUUCCCUUUUUUAAGGAAAAUUCCCUUACUCCGAAUAGGAUUCCUCGCAAGAAAAGGGAAAAGUUGACAGCUAUGCAUUUUUUUAAAAAGCUUAGUAAGCCCAAGGCCAAGGGGAAAGCCUUGAACCAAACAACCUCCCAGGCUAUUUCUUUGAGCUACGAGCUAUUUCCCUCCUCCCAGCCUGCUUUACGUAAAGAGGAGGUGGAAGCGACGUCGCCCACAAUUGAGUCCGGGCAGCGGCUUCUGGAGGCGCGAGUGCGCAUGCCUCUUCUCCCGGGAGCUUCCGUUGGUGCCUCUAACCAACGGGAGGGGGCGGCCGAAUACCGUCACCCGAAGGCGCCGGGCCUCCGCGGAAAUCUCGCGAUAUCUUGCCCCCGCUCCACCCCGCGAACCCUCUUUUCCGGCCUGAGCUCCUUGAGGGGAAAGUCGCUUCGUCGCCUUUGCGCCGGCCGCUGUCUGCAGGUUGCCGGGUGAGUCAGAAGGUGGGAGCCGCGGGUUGGGAGAAAGGGCCUCGGCCGCUGACCGGCAUGAGGGUGUUGAGUGAGGUGGGGCGGAGAGGCUCGCCUUGACCUAUAUUGCCCUCCGCUUUCCGUCCCAGGAGCCGGUUACGUAACUGCACGUGGGAAGAGUCCAACGCGUGUCAAUCUUUCUUGGCGUUCACCGUGAAAUGUAACGCCCUGCGUUGCUUCCUUAUGCUGAAAGUGUCUGGUAUUUCUGCGGUUGGGGAUUGAACGUAAGCCCCUCCCCCUGCCAAAUAAAAUAUAAAAAAAUGUUUUUGGUGUCGUUGGGGGCCUAAGAAAACCCGUGGCGAGGGUGGCUCACAUUCUCACCUGUUUAUUAAUGCCAUUUAUCGAUCGCAUUCAUAGCCCAAGCAGCUCAGAAUGCAUGGAGCUUUCCCCCAUUCUGCUCAUUUAACCCCCACAACAAUGAGUGGGUUUUUUUCUGGGGGUACUCAGGGGUACGCAGUACCAGCAGCUCCCCCAACAGAUCAUCUUAAAAGUGUGGCACUUACUGUAACAACUUCAUGGUGAGUACCAGUACCAUAUUUUUCCUUUAUAAAAGCAGUGACAACAACCUUGUGAGGUAGGCUAGGCAGAGAAGCAGCGAGUGGCCCAAGGCCACCCAGUGAGUUUCAUGACCCAAGUGGGGGAUUUGAACCUGUGUCUUCCGGGUGCUCGUUCCUGUGAGAGGGUCUGGAUUCAUUUAUUGGCUACACAGUAUUGAUGCUCUUAAACAAUGCUGGGCGGACUUAUGUCUUACAGGAUUUCCUUCGUUGUCAUUGUUUUUGCUUGAUCCAGCAACUGGAACAUUGUGUGGGGACAGGAUGGGAAAUUAUAUAUUUAGAAUUAAGGAAUGACAAGCCUGUUGCUUUUCAGUAGCAGAACUGGGUUCAUAGCAAUCUCCACCUGGUUUUCUUCAUUUUAGCCAUCUAAUUGAGGAUGAGGUGGGAGCUUUGCUGCCGCUAUCAUUAAAUAAUCUGAGAGUCAAACUCUUGCAAGUCUACCAUAAAUUGCCCAGAUCUCAAUCUACCUUCAGCCCACCUCAGUACAUGAUUUUGAAUAUGCAGCUAUCCUUAACCCUCAGUCUAGCCUCCCCACAUCAGCAAAAUUGGAAUUAUGAUGCCCUGUACCACAUAGGAAGGGUGGAAUCAUGACCUCUGCCUUUUAUAUAUAAAUCCAAACAUUGGACAUGAUCAAGCCAGAGUUAAGUGUUUCUCUGGUUGGUUACUUAUAUUAGGAAUUAAGAGGCAGUGGUGGCAAGCUGUAGCUGAUGUGGAUAGGGGAAAGUUGUCUAGUACGGUUGUUAUGGAGUGGGUGGGGUUGCCUCUCAAAAAGGCCAGAACUUCCCUGGCAGGUGCAGCCACACCUUGCAAUUCCUUGCGUGGUAUGAUUGCAGCACCAGUCUCUCUGGUGCAUUACUGAAAGCUUUGAGGUUACACUGGCUGGUGCAAGUCUUGUCUUCUGGUAUUCUCAAAAUAAUUUGGUUGCAGAUAUGAGUGCCAUGGUAGAUACAGCAGGGCUGUAUACCCUGCCAGAUGGGUGGAGUAUAAAUAAUAACAAUAAUAUAAUAUGCUUAUCACUACAGUUGGGGUUGUGGGGCACAGGGAGAACUUUCAGCCCCUGCUAAGAAGCAAGAAUGUAGAACUGCAUCACAGCAAGAGCUAUUUAAAUGUUUGAGAUUAAGUGUCUGCAUGCUGAAAGCUACAGGGAAAUGGAGUUGUUGGAUAUAAGAUUAUCUUGGGCUUUGAAAAGGGAGAGAAAUCUUUAAGUGAAACGGCAUUUACAUUCAUCUCUGCUUAAUACUCUCUCACCCUGGUAUCAAGGUAAAGGAAAUUUAGGAAAGGAAAUCCCAGCUCUGCCUUAGUGAUGACAUAGUGUCCUGUGUGCAUCUCAGGAAGCUUCACUUGCACAGCAGUUAGGAGUAAUUAUUUUCAGCAGCAGCAGCAGCCUUCUCUAUUGCCUACUAUUCACCUAAAAGCUAGAAUUGGGACUAGUCUUUGUCAUAAUGCUGGAAGUGAUGUGUGUAGGAAAUUGGGAAGUGCAUGCAUUUAAGAGUCUCUGAAUCUUGGUCUUAGUAUAAAAGCCACUUACCACACCUUCCGGAGUUUGCAUCUUAAAAAUACUGGUAUAUGCUCCAGCAGAUUUAGUUUCCUGUGAAACAACAAAACCAUACAUCUAUAAUUCAAGGACCAAUUAAUCUUCAACAUGUCUCAUUUCUUCCCACCAAUGUUCUGUGUUGGGGGUAAAAGGAAGUAUACUUGGUUUCAGUGAUAUAUGUUUAUUAAAAGUUGAGUCCUGUUGUUGAGACAUGGGCAAGUGGCUUUUUGUUGAAGCUUCUGGGUUUUUAGGGGAAAUUCCUGAGGCUUUAUGCUGCAGCUUUUAUUUGCAUGUGUUUUAUGUUUUUCUCUCUUGUAUUGGAUUAAGAGGAAAGGUUGUCAAAAUAGAACAAAGUUGUUUUUUCCCUUUGGUCUCUUUUUAAUAGAAACACAUAGAUAAUGGAAAACUGGCAAGUCAUAAAGUAGGUGACUUGAUGAUUCUGUAAGAAUAUAAUCUUGUGUUUACGAGCAUGCGAAGAAUGUGACCACAAAACCUUUCAGGCACCACAUGUUUUGAAGGUGGGAUUGGAUUUGCAGUCCCUUCAAAAUGAUUUGUUGGAAAACCACACAGAGCAUUAUGCUUCUAUUAAAAUAACCUAGAGGAGCACUGGGUAACAUGAAGUGGUUGUGUUUAUUUUACUUCACAUUGUAUUUCAAAUGUCCCCCCCCCCCAUUGCUGUACACACAGUAAGGAUAUAACCCCAUGCAUGUACUGGCUGUGAUGGGGACACUCCAGUUCCUAGUUACAACCUUAGAAAAUACUAUCAGUGUUAGGACAGACAGUUGUCAAGAAUGUCAGUGUUAACUUCCUUUUGCUUUGAUAGGCUUUGUCUGGCGUGUGCAAGUUGUAUGGAGCAGGGAAUGUCUUUAGCUUGUAAACAGCCUCUUGACUAUAAGGUUCACUGGGCAGUUCCCCCCUUUCCUUGUAGGCCCCAAGUGACUGACAUAAAUACUGUAUGUGUGGGUAAGUUGGCUUGGUCUUUCCUUUCCCCUCCUUCCUCCAACCCCUCAUGAACACCAUGAGUCUUUGCAUGAGGAUCCUCCAGACUGCGUGAGGGGCAGUCCAAGCUCACAAAGUUGGAUUCCACUCAUAGUUUUUAUUUGUCUUGUGCUCUUUGUUUUUAAGAAGCUGGGCAGGAAAAAGUUAUAUGGGAAGAAGUGUUUGGUUUUAGUUUCAAGCGGUCAGAGCAUUAAUUAGGUUUAGUAAAAUGAUGUUGCUGGUGGAAUAUCUGAUACAGAGAUACUUAAUGGUGCGUGUAAAGCAGUUGUAUCCAUACAGUAUUCCUUGUGGUUGCAUGCAGGUACUUGGUUAACUAUUUGUGCUCAUGUAGAUGGGAAGGGGAGGACUUAGCUAUGCUGGAAAUUUAGGUUCUCUAACAUAACACAGUGCCAGAAUAUAGGAGGCGGGAGGCCUAUGGUAUUGCUAAUAAGUGUUUCUUUCCACAACCUACUUUAGAAAUGAUAUAUUCUGUGAAACAGGAACACAAUGUUGCAAGAGUUGCAGUUCCUCUUGUAAUGAACCUAAAAUAUCUUCUAGUUCCGUUAUAGAAGGUUAUUUGAACUAACUUGUACCUAUACGUCUGCUUUCAGUCUUUGGCACAGUGAGUUGUGUGUUUCAAGGAAAAGCCAUGAUGCUUUUAGGAAAAUCCUGACCCAUUUUGUCUGCAUAUGUAACACAGCUUCUUGUGUCUUGGUCCUACAGUCAUUAACAGUCCUUGAGCUUUUAUGGAAGUCUUGUGACUUAUAGGAUCUAUAGUUUGUUGACUAUAGUUGACUAUGGAGUUAGGAUACAUUUCAGAAGGCAAGGUAGCUUAGAGCUCAUAUGUGGGAGGUGUUUUGGAAUAGAUAGGGUUGCCAUAUUUCAAAGGGUGAAAAUUUGGACACAAAAGUUGUUGAGCUGUUUUUAAGGAGACUUCUGGCAGAUAUGACACUCAAGCUAUUUCCACCCAGACACUGUUUCCAACUGCUGUAUUCUGGCUAUGUCCGGGAAUUCCGGAUGUAUGGCAACCCUAGAAUAGGAGAAACUUGGGAGAGGUGGCUGGGGUAGGAUAUCUGCUUCCUUGUCCUGAUGAGUGGGUAAUCUGGAACAUUCCUAUUAUUAAAGUCUGCAUGCUGCUUGUGAUAUGUGUGAACAUGCUGCCAUUAUUAUUAUUAUUAUUAUACCACCCUAUACCCACAGGUCUCAGGGCAGUUCACAGGAUGAAAUCAGAAUAUAAAACCACAAAAUACAGAAUCAAAAUAAAAACAACUGAAGUCAACCUUAACCCUAUCUGAAGUCAAAUAUCACAAGAACUCUGAUAUCUCCUCACAUACCAGUGAGAUCAUAGCAUGGUAGAGUUGGGACCUUGAGGGUAAUCCAACCCCUUGCAGCACACAUUUUGUUUUCCAAGUACCAAACAAGCAAUAAUUCCAUUAUACACAUGUCUGUGCUUGAAUUAUGUAAGCUUUGUCAGGUAGGGCAUAACAGUGGGAUAUAUUGCAACAUUUUGUGGUUUAAGCUGGCAGAUGGAUAUUAGUAUGAUUCUUCAGGCAAAACAAACUAAACCUAGAAUGAUCUAACUGAACACCUGUAUUAAGCAGGCAAGAAGGACUGUCAUCUUGUAAGCAAUAAAAAAAAACAUUCUUGAGUAAUGCAGGUUUAUUUAAAUGCUGAUUAUGAGUAAUAAGGACUACAUUUGACAAAACUGCUCGUAGUUUGUCCCACAAAUGCUUAGCAGACAAACUUACAAAAGAAUUAUGUUAUCUGCAGCCUUAAUUGGCUUAGCAUUUUAAUUUGUUUCGUUUGAUCAUUCAAGCAUUGCUGCAGUAAAAUAAAGAAAGAAAUAGGAAGGGGUAUAAACCACUUAUAUGCCCAGGGUUGGCUGCAAAAGUACAAAUGGUGAAAGUUGAGCUAAUAGUUUAUAUUUGAUUUUUGGGUGUAUGCUACACUUGUUGAUUUGAGAGAAGGCUGGUGUGUUGUUGUGUCUGGAGUGCUCAGCAAUAACGUUCACCUGAUGGCCUCAGAAAAUUUGUGCCCUCACAGCCUAACUUUGUAGGCUGGUUGAGAUGAUAGAAUUGGGUGGCUGGGGUAGAACUACGUAUAUUGCCUUCAGCUCUUGGAGGAAAAGAGGUGUGAAUAAGUGUAAAAAGAAUUUAUUAUAUACUAAAAAUGUGCUAGAGACGCAGGUGGCGCUGUGGGUUAAACCACAGAGUCUAGGGCUUGCCGAUCAGAAGGUCAGCGGUUCAAAUCUCUGCGACAGGGUGAGCUCCCGUUGCUUGGUCCCACCUCCUGCCCACCUAGCAGUUCGAAAGCACAUCAAAGUGCAAGUAGAUAAAUAGGUACCACUCCAGUGGGAAGGUAAACGGCAUUUCCGUGUGCUGCUCUGGUUUGCCAGAAGCGGCUUAUCAUGCUGGCCACAUGACUCGGAAGCUGUACGCCGGCUCCCUCGGCCAAUAAAGCGAGAUGAGCGCCGCAACCCCAGAGUCAGCCACGACUGGACCUAAUGGUCAGCGGUCCCCUUUACCCCUUACUAAAAAUGAACUUCUUCCAAACACGGAGUCUUCCAUAGUCAAAACAGCACUGCUUACACAGGGAGCAAGUUUUGGGGGGAGCGCCAUGCUUUGCAGAAGUAACAGAGAAUCUUUUGAGAGUCUGCUUCCUUAGGGUUGACUCUUAAUAGCUAUGUGAGGGCAAUGUAUGCUCUGCGCACAUGGAUUGCUGGCUGGCUGUUGGUGGGGGAUGGAGUGCCCUGGAAAAUGGUCUGGCAAGCUGGCUGGAAGGCUGAACAGGAGCACGCCACCAUGUGCGAUUUUGUACCACUGGUCCUUGGAUGGUAAUUCUAAUAGCCACACUUAUUAGGCUGGUUUGGACACCUAAUCCUAUGCAUGUUCUCUUGCAACAUUUAAAGAUGCCUCAUACCGAGCUGGACCAUAGAUCCAUCUAGCUCAGUAGAAGGAAACCUGUGCUUGGAAACCUAGACACUUGGACUUCAGCUUCCAUCAGCCCCUGCCAAGCUGGCUAAUGGUUGGGGGGGGGGGUGAAAGUUACAGUCCCAACAGCAACUGAUGCAGCUCAACACCCCACCUCCACCCCCUUAGCCAAUACCAGCUCUUCUGAAAGUGGAUCCCUGCAGAAAUAUUUCUCAAUCCUGCUUCCUGAAAUCCUUUCAAUCAGGGCUUGAACGUGGCACUUUCUACAUGCGUGCAAAGCAUGUGUUUUGCCCUUGAGGAAGGAAGGAAGCUCUGCAUGCCUUUCAAAUAUGCAUAUAGGAUCAGGCCAAUGGUUGCAUUUUGGAGGGGCCAUAGUGGAAGCACUUGGCAUAGCAAAGGCUUGAAGAAACAGGUCUCUUUUAAUGCACACCUUUUGGUAGUCUCAAGAUUGAAACCUAAUUAAGAAUGCCACAUUUCUGUGUCUCUCUCUUUAGUGGAUAACUUUCCAGUAUGUUGAAGGCAUGUGUGUGCAGUAAGUAGUCUUUAGCUAUUGUUGUAAAAAAAAAAAUCUGCUCUUUUUCCCUUAUGGGGUAUCCAAGAGCCUGUAUAAUUCUUAUAACACUAUGUUAAGACUUUUCUUUCCUGAUAUGCCGUUUCUAAAGUUCUAACACUGAAACCAGUAUCCUUCUAAGCUUCCAAAAGAUGGCAUCUGCUAUCUUUGAAUUUUUUUACUUUGCAUUAAACAUCAUCAUAAGUAAUCCUGUUUAUAGCACAUGUAUGCAAGCACUACUUCACAUUUUGGACAUUCAUAGCUGUAAGGCCAUAUCUUCCUUUGGCCAGCAAUAUAGUUUGGGUAAAACCUCAGCGCCUAGGGCUUACCGAUCGCAUGGUCGGCGGUUUGAAUCCCCGCGGCGGGGUGAGCUCCCGUUGCUUGGUCCCUGCUCCUGCCCACCUAGCAGUUCGAAAGCACCCCUAAGUGCAAGUAGAUAAAUAGGUACGGCUUUAUAUCGGGAAGGUAAACAGCGUUUCCAUGUGCUGCGCUGGUGCUGGCUCGCCAGAGCAGCUUCCUCACGCUGGCCACGUGACCCGGAAGUGUCUCCGGACAGUGCUGGCCCCUGGCCUCUUAAGUGAGAUGGGCGCACAACCCUAGAGUCGGACACGACUGGCCCGUACGGGCAGGGGUACCUUUACCUUACCUUUAUAGUUUGAAGACACACUUUUGUGCAUGAAUGUUUAAUAAUUUGAAAAGGGACACCUUUUCAAAUCUCUGAAUCUCUACUGGAGAAACAAUGUGGCUAUAUUUGACAUGCUUGCGGGAAAUGCUUUCACAUCAUUUUCAAACAGUGGCCAUUGUGGCCCAACUCUCGUGCCGGAUCUCCUCCGGCUCAGGAGAGCUGGCUAUCUCUGCACACUUUGCUGGAUCCCAUAUUUCAAACACUAUGCAGAAGCAAUGUACAGUAUAAAUAAAAGGAAACAUGCAUAAUAACCUCUAAACCAAGCCUUAGGUUCCACAUGGAGGGUUGGAAUAUGGCAAUAGCUCUGGCUGCACCCAAACAAUCUUAGAGAUGGUCCUGUGAACCACCCUGAGACCUGCGGGUAUAGGGCGCUAUACAGAUUUUAUUAUUAUUAAUAAUAGUCGUAAAUCUAUAAAGGCAUGCAUGCGCCUAGUGGCAGAUCCUCUUUUAGGAGGCGGAUUUCCCCUCUUUGGAACAAGCCUACGUGCCUCUCGGUUCCAUUUGCAUUUGGCCUUUCGCCCCCGAUCUGCAGGACGGAUCGGGCUCCCUCCCCGCGAGAGUUGCUGGGCAGUUUUCAAGCCUCCUCCCUCCCUCCCUCCCUCCGCGAAGACGUGCAAGGCUCCGUCCCAGCUGUGGCGGCUCUGGCCACGUGGGCGAGGAGGGCGGGAGCGGGGGAGGAGCCGGGGGGCGGGCCCGGAAUGUGCUCUGGGAAGCAGGCGCUUUUAAAGCAGCCUUGCGCUGGGCGGAUAGCGUUAUCUCGUGCUGCAGGCGCCGGCCCCUGGCUCGGGAGGAAGCGGCCCUCGUCCUCCCUAGAAACGUGAGAGACCGGUGCAUAAGGUAUGCAGGAUUGCAGGGCGGGAGGGAAGCGAAGGGGCAGCUCAAGGCAGCCAAAAUGGUCCCAAGGAUGCACAAUUGGGAUCAAGCCCCCUUCCGGGAGAAAUGUGCACAGGGCCGGCCGCUUCCGAUGCCAGGAAGCAGAGAAGCGCCCGGCUCUGAAAACUGCACACGCGAGCAAGCCCCCUGGAUCUUAGCGGGGAAAUAAACGUAGCACCGGGCUGCCGAGGUUGCCUGGUUUCAUUUCGCGUGCUGGUUAAUAUUAACAGAAGCUGCUGCUCGUUUCCACAUUCCUCAGGAGUGCAGGGGCUAGAAGUCUUGAUUUCUUUACAGGCUACGUCUGCUUCUCUGAUCUGCUACUUGGAGCAAGGUUCAUGCUCGUUAAGCUCUGAGUCUACUCACUGAGUAAAACUUGGCCGAGUGGCACCUAUUAUUCUUAAAGCUGGUGUCUGAAUUCUUUGCUGGAUUUACAUUCGAAAGAAUGCCAGUAGCAUAGACUGGCUGUGAGCAUGACCAGGAUUUUUGUUGGGGGAGGGGAGUCGUUGACCUUUUUAGGGGGGAUCACGGUUAAAAAAAUCCCUCCAAAAAGAAGAUAUUAGGGGGCAGGCCCCUGCCUCCCCUUGGCUAUGCCCAUGUCUGUGAGGCAUCUUAAACUGAACUAAAUUUUAGUUCUGUGUGCUGGGAAUCACAUCUGUGUCAUCUUGGGUUCAAUGAUGGAAGAAAAGAGGGGUGAAAAUGUAAUAAAAUAAAAAGUAAUGGGGCUGAAAACUUUUUUAAAAAAAGGUGAGUGCAAUAUGCAUGUUCCCUCAAAAGCAUGGUCUAUUGCAGACAAUGGAAUUUCUGCUAAGUAAGUGUAGGAGUGCUGGUUUAAUCACCCAAAUGGAACAACAACAAAAAAAUGCUUCAAGGGGCAUGGAAUAUGGCCUUGUGGAAUUGAACAGGGGGCUAGUAUUGAAAAACUGGUCCCUGCUGGGUUCUGGCAAGUGCAGGUGAUUUGCUUUAAUAGGGGAAAACAUUUAUUGAAACAUUCUUUCCAAUUACAAUCUGAAGUCCUGUAAAACAUAUUUGAGUUUGUUGGUUGUGUAACUUGACUCUAGGAAUGUGCUAGUAUCGUGGGUGUCUAAAAGAAUAUUUUAGAGUUUUUGGGAAGCCUAUGUACAACUUGAAUUUAUAAUCUGUGGUCAUGAGCAUUAGUUAAACUUGUUGUGAGCAAGGCAGGAGUGUGCAAAGAUGAUAGAAGCCAUCUCUGAAGCCAGCUGGAUAAUGCAGCUGCUGCUUCCACCUAACAAAUACUGGAAGUGUUGAUCUGUUGAAAAUGCAGAGGUAGGACCAUAGUCAGGGACUGGGAAAGAAAAGACUAACAGCACAAUUAAGACAGACUUGGGUUGCAAGAAUCCUUGGGCACAAAUAUGCUGGCUGGGUGGCAAAAUUAUCUAGAGUAGUGAAAACAAUAUUGUGUAGUCUGUUGCCCAUUUCAUCCUCCUUUGUUUGUUUGAGUGGGGCAUAUUGCCACAUAAUUUUUUUGUGUUUCUCUUUUUAGAAAUGUCAAGGAUGAGUCUACCCCAAGAGACAAGUGCAAGCUCCAGCAGCAAGGAACCCCUUGUCAAGUGUCUUCAGGCUAAGAAGGACUUGGAGACAGCAAUUGCUGGAGUAGUCAAGGCUGAACAGCAAGUUAAAGACAACUGGAGAGAGGUAUUUGGGGGACAGGAAGGGGAAGAAAUAAAUAAAAAACCCCAUAGCUGAUUCUGGAGAUUAUCAUCUUGAUGCUGCUCCAUGUAUACUAAAGCAUCACAUAUGUAGCAGCACCUCCUGCUUUACUAUACCUGAAUACUUCAUCAUUCCUCAUUGAUGCCAGGGAGGAAUACUAUAAAUGCAUCUUGUGGCAGUGUUGGGAGCCUUGGAGGAGGGUCACUUGUGUGCUAGCUAUCUCUUGAAACUUUCCACGUUGAAAUGGGGGCCCACCGCUGCAUGAAGUACAAACAACUUGGCAUAACAAUGAUAUUAAAUGGGCUUUGGUUGAUUCUACUUCAGACACUUGUGGCUUAGAACUAGUCUUAAGAACAGUGACUGAAUCCAGCAUUUUUUAUCUUGCAGGUGAAAGCUCAAAUUCACAGCUGCAUCAGCCGCCACCUGGAAUGCUUGCGCAGCCGUGAAGUUUGGUUGCUUGAGCAGGUGGAUCUCAUUCAGCAGCUGAAAGAGGAAGCCUUGCAACAGCAGGCCCAGCAACUCUGUUGGGUAAGGUCUAACCGUACACUUAGUUCAAUUUAUGCUUGAAACUCUUGGUUCAGAACUACAGUAAUUUAGCCUUGAGUGUGUGCUAAUUGUGAUUGGCAUAAGAACACAUUGAGCCUUUCUGAAGUUGGCUCUUGAUAUUCAUAGUGAAGUCACGUAUAGUCCUUUUGUCUCUUACAGUUGUUAGGACAAUUCAAUUGCCUCAUCCAUCAGCUGGAGCAGCCUCACAGUAACGACCUUGCCAAUCAAAUUUCAUUGUGUUUGGAGAGGUAAGCAAAUCUAUUGAAUUCAUCUUUGAAGGGAAGCUUUGCUUCUGCACAUGACUGUGGCAUGCUGGGAAGUCUUGCUUCUAAGCUUUUCUUCUGCACAUGCUGCACAAACCGUUCUACAUUCCCUCAUCACCCUAGAAUGUUCAGUUCAUAUUGAGUUCAUGAAAACAUUAUACUCUGACCUGUUCUUAAUUCAUAGUUGACCACAUCUAUCGGAAUGUAAUUGUCUAAGUCUUGCUAUAUCAAUCACUAGUUAUAAUUUAAUUAGGAGGUUUCAUGCCUGUCUAGUUCUGUGCUCCCUUUCCCAACCUUUAAUCUAUUGGUGAUUAAUGUAAUAUGUAACCUUUGCUUUGUACUUGUGUUAACCAAUCAGCAAUAAGCACAUAUGUGGCAAAUGCCGUAAUAUUCAAUAAAAGGGGCUCUCCGAGACUUGCUCGAGAGAUGCCUCCCGUAUGACACCUUGCCAUUUGUCUGUCGUUCAUUUCAACCCAACACAUCUUACUGCCAGGCUUAGAAUUACUAAAAUUACAAGGUGUGUUUCACACCAUUAUCAGCGGUAUGAGAUUGCAUACAAUUUAUCUUCCUGCAAAAUAGAAUCUCCAAUUUCCUAAUGUGUCUUGAAAAUAUUGAACUACAGAUUUAAAAAUUGUGACCUUGAAAAGUGACUCACCUAUAUGUGUCUUGGUUUUGAUUUGUUGAUCAAAUUCAUAAGCAUCUGAGAGGCCUAAUAUCCUUGGCACAGUUCAAAAUAGGUCACAAAGGCCAUGUUUUCAGCAGGAUCUGCUCAACUUUUUAAUCUAAUGAACAGUGGCUUCAUUUUGGGGCUAUGGAAAAUGAUCAUGGUCAUUUGCUUUUUCAACUUGAGUGCUUGAUGCAUAUUUUCUCUUCACCCCCCACCCCACCCCUUUAACAGACUGGGCAAUUUAACUCUCCAGCCAGAAGAAAAUUCCAUUCUGAGCUUUGAGGCGAAUAUGCCAUUCCUUCGUGAGGCCAUCACAUCUUUUGGCUCAAUCACAACAAUGGUGAGUAGAGGAUUUCCUCAAGGGUGUGGGAUCUGUUCUAUGUAUCUGCUACUUGGAAGCCUAUAAUCAGUAGCUACAGUCCUGAAGGGCUGCAUAAGUUCAUGGUUUUCAACAUGUUAUUAGCUUGAAAAAUUCCAGAGUUUUAAAAUUACAAGCUCAGUAAGAAGUAAGUUACAACCAGUAAGUUUAUCAUAAUUCUGACUUGCUCUGUGUAUUUAAAAAUAGCAAACCUCUGAUGAUGAAGAAGACUACACCCCAUGGAUUUCUGGGAAGAACUGCCCUGUGCCAGCCAAACUUGAGCAGGUAGAGUUAAAAGUUGUUUACUGCAUGAUAGCAGCAGAACAGAAGUAUCUACCAGCAUUUCAUUGUGGGUUCUGGGACUUGAGAGACUUAACAGAAGGCUUGAUUACAGGUAUAGGACCAAGUGCGCUUGCUGUGACCUUACAAUCCAGGAACAGGGAAUGUCAUCCAGCACAUGCCCAACUGCCCCACAUCCGACAUCAAACUGCAAAGAAAUAAUUCAAAUUGCCAUUUAGCAAGUGGGACUUGCAUUCAGUGCCUUUCCAACUUGGUGCCAAAUGGAAGCCUUGCUGGGAAUGGCUACAACUCCAGAGUUCCUGAUUUCUGCCAAAAGCAGGGCUUGUGCAGGCACUGUUUGAAUCCAAACUACCUGAAAAGUGGUUCGAACUCAUGGUGAUAGUGGGUAGCUGUGCCCACGUUAAAAUUGCUAGCAGGAGGUGGGGAAGUUCAGGAUCUGGACAGCAGGCCCACCCCUAUUCUGACUUCUCAGGGCGAUUUACCUUUUGCAUGCACCAUAAGCGAGCAUGCCUUUCAUCUACAGGGAGUUGCUACAAUAUUUAGAACUCUAUGUAUUUCCUGUGAAUAGCUAUCAUGCCAUGACCCACCAAUUAGGGCACUUGAUAAUAGGUCUAAACUGAGCAUGCUGUGCAAAUUCACAACAAAUCCGAUUCCAAAAGUGUUUCCUGCUCAAAUGUUGAAAGAAUCCCUUCAUAAAUCUGUCAGGCUCCAAUGAUGGUUUGGUUGUUCCUUGGGGUGGUGGUAGUUUUUUCCUGGUGAUCUCUAACCAGAACUGAAUGUGUAACAAUAAGUUUGCUGUUGUGAUGUUAGCAGAAGCCUUCUUAUGGAACUGUGGGAUGCCCACUCUCUGACUGGCUUCUUGGAAGUAAACCUGACAGUGCCUGCUGUGGUCCGCAUGUUCCUAGCAAGAAGUACGAAGACUGGCUCUUGAAAACACAUUCACCAGGGACCAACCAGGUAACAUAUUUUAAUUGAUUACAGUACUUGGGAAAAAGUAAGUUUUAGAACUGGUGGGAUGUCUCAUUUUACAUUUUCUGCAUUACACCAAGGUGCAAAUGGUAUAUUGUUAACUGAACUUUUUCCUGGAAGUUUUUAACGUUUGGUAUCAAUUUUGUUUGUCAGGAUUUAAAGUCUCCCAAAAUGUGUUACUUGGAGCAAGCCUGGGGAAAUCUGAGAAACUUGGAGAACUGGCUUCUGCAGAACCAACAAGAAGGAUCUCCUGAGAAAAUGGAUUCACGCCGGCGCAAAAGUUCCACCUCCACAGUUAGUUCCUCUUUUUCCAUUGAAAAGAUAGAUGAGUUGGAGCUCCUGGAGCAAGAAGAGAUGGAUCUUUCCGACUGGCUGCUUACGCCUUCUGAAUCGGAAAACACGAAUGCCUUGGAGAAGUGGGAAUGCGUGUUUAAGCCCUUUAGGGAGGAAUACAAUAUCAGCGAUUGGCUCCCCAAAGCCGAUUCCUGCAACAAUUGUUGUGGCAUCCAGGCCAAGGGUAUAGAAAUAGAAAACCUUGGCAAUCUCAGGUGUCUCGGUGAGCACCUGGAAGGGAAGAAAUCGUCCACCAAUGAUGCCUGGCUUCUGCAGCCCUCUUUCAAAGUCGAAGAUGUAUGCAAAGCCAAUGAGCCAUGUUCUAGCUUUUCAGAGUGUGUGUGCGAUGGAAACUGUGAGAAGGAAGCUCUGUGCAAGUGGCUUCUUCGGAAGGAAGGCAAGGAUAAAAAUGGGGUGCCAGUAGGACAGACACCUAGCUCCAUCACUGAGCCUGGUGAAGCUAAGCCUCCCCUGAACAUCUGGCUCUAUCCUUCUCAACAGCUGGGGGAGGAACCGGUCCCUUCUGCAACCGAACAGGACAGUCCCGAUAUUCUAAAACCACUGAAAGAAUUGCUUGAAACCCCAUUAUCAGCCUGGCUAGCCAAGUCAGAGGCCGUAGCAUUGGGUGCAGAGGAGAAAGCAAGCAGGGAGAAAGCAGAAGUGAGUUGCAAGAGUUCUCUUCUGGAGCUUCUAGAACCAUUCCACCUCCCUCUUAAUGUAAACAGCUGGGUGUUGUCUUCAGCGAACACAGACUCUUCCAGUCAGCCUCCUGCAGAAGACAAAUGGCUGCAACGCAAGAAGGCACACGUAUGUAUUAACACUCAACUGUCUCUGGCUCCUUUAGCAUUACCGUAUUUUUCGCUCUAUAACACGCACCCAACCAUAACACGCACGUAGUUUUUAGAGGAGGAAAAUCCGUAGGCAUGCCACCCGUAGGCAUUCCCUCCAUAACACGCACAGACAUUUCCCCUUACUUUCUAGGAGGAAAAAAGUGAGUGUUAUGGUGCAAAAAAUACGGUACAUUUUUUUAAUAGCUCUACAAGUUCCUUGAAAGUCUGUGGUGAGGAGUCUUAGCUUCUUAAGAUUACUUUUUAGCGCCACUUGCAGCUUGUUCAAAAAUACAGGAUUAGCAUGGUGGUCCACACUAGGCGCAGCUUAAUGAGAAAUCUGCCUUUUAUUCCAGGACUACGGCCUUCCUACAGUGUGUGACCUCUUUGCAUGUAUGAAGCUGAAUGGAGAGAGAGAGAAAUGGCUAUAUCAGAAUCCUCUACAGGUAACCAUUCAGCUGCCAUUUCUCAUUUUAGCAAGAAUCUUUAACACCUUUCCUUUGAUAAUUGUUUAUUCACCUCCAAGGUUUCAAGCAGCCCAAGUUCCUAAAAACUUGAGGGAUCAAACAUUACCAUCCCUGGUUCCUUGAACUAUGAAUCAUUAUUGUAACCCAGUCAUUUUGCCCUGUGUUCCUUGGAUCUUUAAGCAAGACUUGGACUAGUUUUUAAAGUUCUAUAUUUGGCCAACCUACAGUUUAGAUUUUUGUGAUGAAAUCUGAGGUGGUCGUAUUCUCGAAACCGAAUACUCUUGUGAUGGAAUGGGUAGUGAUGACAGUGCUGGGUGUCACUACUCAGUUACUCUAUAACAGUUCGCCCACAUUGACAUUCAGACGAGGGAAUUUCCUUGCUCUGGAGUUUCGGUAGGUUUAUCUUCUGUUAGCCACAUGGCAUGUUUGAAGGGGAGAGGGGAAAGUUUAAUGUGCAUAUGAUGGCAUUGUGUAGGCAUAGACUAACUGUUGCACUGGUCUAUGAACCCUUAUCCAGGUCAAUUGCUUCAGGAAUGUACACUGCAAAGUACGUAGCCUACAACCAGGAUCUGCUGAUACAGAGUGCGUUUAACCUUCCAAGGAUAUCAUGGGUGUAGUUGCACAAUUCCAGCAAUAUUACUGUUUCCAGUAAUUGAAUCUAAUAAGACAGGUGCAUUUGAAAAAAAGAUUUGUUUUUUGUGUAGCUUCUGUUCUAAUGAACAAUUCUGGAUUGCAUUUCUAGAUGUGA